AUGUACGGAGUACUCCGUAGGCGGCCUCACUCGGGGGGUUCAACUCUGGACUUCCCGUCGAUAAUCGACUUUGCUCGGACUCAUCAGCUGCCACGUGUCGGAGACAAAUCAAAGAGAGCUCCGUCUGGUCCCGACAGCCAAAAGCCACGCGAGUUGAUCCUUGUCGCAGUGCCCAGCUUGCGAACCCUUUCUCAUCGCUGUUUUGUGACCGAGAUUCCAUCUUCCACUUACUAUAGUCCUUGUCGGGUUUUAAUCCACUUUGGUCAGACCAAACUCUGCAACUUUCCAAUGGCCAAGGGCACCCAGCAGCCAGACUCAAGAGGUCGACGUCGCUUCCCACUUCUUGGCUUUCACACUUCCCUGCUCUGUGAUAGGGCCACACUGCUUUCUCAAAGAACUACUGAUCCGAACUAUGCCACUACGCAGUAUUCCACUGCAACUUCGGCACUCAUUUUCAGGGCCUUGCUCUCUCCGGGUCGUAGUCGUCAACUCGCUCAAGACCCAUACAAUCGAUGUAGGGUAAUGCACCUCUACUUUCUAGGUCCAUUCACUACAGACAAUGGUGGGAAUGGUUCGCACUUGUUCGACAUCUUCGGUCCUAUUUUACAUCACGAGCUGGCUAUGUGGUAUCAUAUCCCAGUCAGGAUACCGAGUGCUACCUACGUCUAUCCGCAAUCGUCACCAGAUAUAAUUCGACCUUUCUGCAGGCCUGGGACUACACAAUUUACACCCUUACCAGGUGAUGAAUAG